AUGUUCCAGAGCAACCACGUACUCAAUACGCAGGCAAUGGAGGAGAGCACCCGGUCCCAGCAGAUGUUCUCCCUAUCAGCGGCGAGAUGUAAUAACCAGUCCUGGCAGAAUCACGUACCCAAGUAUGUAGGAAUGCAGCACCUGAUGCCUGUCAUUUGCAUGCGUGGCUCUCACUCUCGGAGUGUGGUGGUGACCAAACACCCAAACAGUACAUAUCAAGCACCAAAUUUCUGGACAGAAUUCCGUCGUUCUACGCAGAACACGAGUAACACGCAAACGCGAUUCGACGCGGGAAUGUUUGACGACCAGGCUCUUCGGGGUUGCUCUGCCAGCUGA